AUGUCAAAAGAAAACUUGGAACGUGAUAGGGACAAUGAUGAUAAUGAUUGGAUAAAUUCCGGAGUCAUAUCAGCCAGUUGCGAGACGCACUCAUCACCCGCCAGACGCACUAUUGGGCUAGCAAAAGGCCGGAUAUUUUCUCCAUCUCGUACAUCCACCGGGACGCACCCAUCACCCGCCAGACGCACUAUUGGGCUAGGUGGAGACAAGAAGUUUAUGCAUCAUGCGAAAACCUAA